CAUUUGAAGUCCGAUUCUUGAUUUUAUCUCACCAAAAAAAGAACUUGUAAUCUAUCGUUCGCUCGUACUGUUUGCUGACACAAAUACACCAACACACUCAUCCCUGGUACUUUCACUUCCUCUGUUUUGUCACCAUUAUCGUCUAUCGAGCUCCGAAAAGCUUCAAACCCAGUGCGUAUCUGUGUGUGAGAGAGAAAUAUAGACGUUACAACGUCUCAAUAGAGGUUAAAUUUAUGUAUUUGUAGAGACUACAGUUCAAACUUCAAAGGGUUUCGGUUUUCAAGCGAGUGAGAGAGCAGUGACAUCGAUAUCUGGGUGUAGAAUGGUAAGAGGGUUUAGAUUGAUCUUCGCGACUUCUCUGCUUCUCAUGCUUCUGGGAAUCUGCAAUGGAAGCAAAAUUGGGAUUUGCUAUGGAAGAAACGCCGACGAUCUCCCGACACCGGAUAAAGCCGUAGAACUCAUCAAAAACCAAAACAUCAAUUCCGUCAGAAUCUACGAUUCCAACAUUCAAGUCCUCAAAGCCUUCGCCAACACCGGAAUCGAUCUCAUGAUCGGAAUCCCCAAUUCCGACCUUCUCCCCUUCUCCCAAUUCCAAUCCAACGCCGACACCUGGCUAAAAAACAACAUCCUCCCAUACUACCCCGCCACCAAAAUCACUUACAUAACCGUCGGCGCCGAAGUCACCGAAGCCCCAAACAACGUCUCCGCCAUGGUCGUCCCCGCCAUGACAAACGUCUACACCGCCCUCCGGAAAGCCGGCUUACACCGCAAAAUCAAAGUCUCCACCACUCAUUCCCUCGGCGUUUUAUCCCGAUCCUACCCUCCAUCCGCCGGCGCAUUCAACAGCAAACACGCAGGUUUCCUAAAACCAUUACUCGAAUUUCUCGCAGAAAAGCAAUCGCCUUUUUUAGUCAACACUUAUCCAUACUACGCAUACCAAGAUUCCUCCAACAACGUGUCAUUAGACUACGCCCUUUUCGAAUCAUCCUCCGAAAUCAUCGACCCAAACACCGGUUUACUCUACACAAACAUGUUCGACGCCCAAAUCGAUUCAAUUUACUUCGCGUUGACCGGUCUAAACUUCAAAACAAUCAAAAUCACAGUAACCGAAACCGGUUGGCCUUCAAAAGGCUCCCCAAAAGAAACCGCCGCCACACCAGAAAACGCACAAACAUACAACACAAAUCUGAUCCGCCACGUCAUCAACAACACGGGUACGCCAGCUAAGCCAGGGGAGGCGGUUGAUGUGUAUGUGUUUUCAUUGUUUAAUGAAAACCGGAAACCAGGGUUGGAAUCGGAACGGAAUUGGGGAUUGUAUUAUCCGGAUCAAACAAGUGUUUAUAAUGUCGAUUUUACGGGGAGGGGUAGUGUGGAUGUGAAUACGGGUGGGAAUUUUACAAGUGGGAAUGGAAAUGGGAAUGGGAAUGGGAGUUUUUGGUGUGUGGCUUCGAGUAACGCGAGUGAGAAGGAAUUGAGGGAUGGAUUGGAUUGGGCGUGUGGGUCCGGGAAUGUGGAUUGCUCUCCGAUUCAACCGAGUCAACCGUGUUUUCAACCGGAUAGUUUAGUGUCACACGCGUCUUAUGCUUUUAAUACUUAUUAUCAACAAAACGGGGCUACGGACAUUGCAUGUAGCUUUGGAGGAACGGGUGUCAAAACCAACAAGAAUCCAAGUUACGACAGUUGCUUGUACAUGACAGCCGGGGGUAAGAAAACGGCUGCAAGUAAUGUGACCGCAAAUGCGACUUCAUGGGGGCAAAAAGGGUAUUCGGUUCCUAGUCCUUAUUAUUAUUAUUGUCUACUUGUAAUCCUUUUUGUGUUGACCAAAUUAAGUGAUGUCUAAAUAGACAUUGUGUUUGUGGUAUGUAUUGAGGAGAUUCCCUAGUUUUGUAUGAUAAGGGGGUAGUAGAGGUAGUGUGGUGUAUGGUUAAGUUAACCAAAUGUUGUAAACAUGUACUACUAUCAAAUGUAUCAAUGUCCAUUUUGCCACGCCAA